GUCCAAUGCGCUUGUUUUGAUCAAAGAUCUUACGUUCAAGGGGGGAUUUUGAAGUGACAAAACAAUGGGAAAAGAUUCAAAGUCGAGAGGAUGUUUGGGGUGGUUUCUGGUGGUAGUAAUAUUAGCUUUGGUCUUGGGAGCCGUUGUUUAUACAAUCAAGAAGAAAAUUGAUCAAGCCAACGAUAAUAAGCCCGCUCCCGUUCCAGGUCCUCCUGGCGCUAUUGACAAGAAGUAUGCUGAUGCUCUCAAAAUCGCCAUGCAAUUCUUUGACGUUCAAAAAUCUGGUAAAUUAGUGGAUAAUAAGAUACCAUGGAGAGGAGAUUCGGGGCUUAAGGAUGGAAGUGAAGCGAAGUUGGAUCUUUCCAAGGGGAUGUAUGAUGCUGGGGAUCACAUCAAAUUUGGUUUUCCAUUGGCCUUUACUGCUACAGUGUUUUCAUGGGCUAUCCUUGAGUAUGGCGAUCAGAUGGAGGCAGUAAAUCAACUGGAACCUGCUCAAGAAUCUCUCAAGUGGAUAACCGAUUUCCUUAUAAAUUCUCAUCCUUCAGAGAAUGUGCUCUAUAUUCAGGUGGGUGACCCUGUAGCAGACCAUAAAUGUUGGGAAAGACCUGAGGACAUGAAAGAGAAGAGGCCUCUUACACAGGUUAAUGCAUCUGUUCCAGGGACAGAAGUUGCAGCUGAAACUGCUGCUGCUAUGGCUUCAGCAUCUCUGGUGUUUAAGACAGCUGACUCCACAUAUUCAAGCAUGCUUCUUAAGCAUGCCAAGCAACUUUUUACUUUUGCAGACAAACAUAGAGGUUCUUACAGUGAGAACAUCCCAGAAGUUGCAACAUAUUACAAUUCAACAGGAUAUGGAGAUGAGCUAUUAUGGGCAGCAAGCUGGCUCUAUCAUGCGACGGGUGACCAAUUAUACCUUGAAUAUGUGACUGGGGAAAACGGGGAAGAAUUUGCUGAAUGGGAAAGUCCAACCUGGUUUAGCUGGGAUAAUAAGCAUGCAGGAACCCAGGUUUUGCUUUCCAGGUUAAGCUUGUUUGGUGACAAAGGUGCGUCUGGGAAUUCUGGCCUUGAAAACUAUAGAAAGUCUGCCGAGGAUGUUAUGUGCUGCCUUCUACCAAAGUCUCCUUCUGCCACAUCCAGCAGAACUGACGGUGGUCUUAUAUGGGUCAGUGAAUGGGAUGCUCUGCAGCAUCCUGUUGCUUCUGCAUUCUUAGCUGCUCUUUACAGUGAUUACAUGCUUACGUCACAGACUGCAAAGCUAACCUGCGGUGACGAUUCAUUCAAACCAUCAGAUCUUAGAAAGUUUGCCAAAUCACAGGCUGAUUAUGUCUUGGGCAGUAACCCCAUUAAAAUGAGCUUUCUUGUGGGGUAUGGAGAUAAAUACCCACAAUAUGUGCAUCAUAGAGGAGCUUCAAUUCCAGCUGAUGCAACUACUGGUUGCACUGAUGGCUUCAAGUGGCUUGAUUCAACUAAACCCAAUCCUAAUGUAGCUGUUGGAGCUCUUGUGGGUGGGCCUUUCUUAAACGAAACAUACAUUGAUUCCCGGAACAAUUCAGUGCAAGGAGAGCCAACCACAUAUAACAGUGCCGUCAUUGUUGGCCUCCUCUCAAGUUUGGUGACUACCUCUUCUGCAGUUAAAUCCUUCACCCAAAAGUAGCCAUAGUCAGUAACCGAUUACACAUUUAUUUGUACUAUAUGUAGCUGUAUUAAUACCGUGUUUUCCUGCAAAAUUUAGUGUUUUAAGUAGUUUGUUCUACUCGGGUGAACUCAGACACGGCUCGCCUGCACUGAGUUUUUUCUGGUGUAUUUUGGAGGGAUAGCCUCAUAUAUGUAUCUUUUUUCAACCGGUGAUUAUGUGAGAGUUUAAUCCCUCACUCUUUCAAUUAUAUUUCUUAGUCUGUGUAAUUUCUGUUUGGUUUAUUAAUUUGAGUAAAUCACUAGAAAUACUAUGUACUUUUGGGAAA